CUUCCUUCGUCUUCUUUCCUGCCAUUCUUCAUCGAGAGAGAUGACUCCCAGAUCUUUGAGCCCAUCUUUCCGGCCACAUUGGGCUUUGCUUCUCCUCCUCCUCCUCCCUGCUACCACCGUCCGCUGCCGUCCGGAAAUAUCCAUCACCACCGCCGGAACAAAGCUAAUCCCUGAGCGAAUAUCUUGGGACACCAACAUCACCCUCCUCGGCGACGCCUCCCUCAAGAACGGCGCCAUUAGCCUCACACGCAACUCCGCCUCCAGCGCCGGCCGCGCCCUAUACUCCCAACCCAUCCGCUUUCUUGAACCCACCACCCGCUCCCCGGCCUCCUUCUCCUCCCGCUUCGCCUUCUUCAUCACACCCUCCUCCCCCGGCGACGGCCUCGCCUUCCUCCUCACCUCCGACCCCCACUUCCUCGGCAGCUCCAACGGCUUCUUGGGCCUCUUCUCCGACCUCGCCUCCGCCGACUCCUCCAGGGCCGACGACGUCGUCACCAUCGCCGUGGAGUUCGACACCAACCUCGACGCCCCGCUCCGCGACAUCAACGACAACCACGUCGCCCUCGACGUCGGCAGCAUCUUCUCCUUCGCCGCCGCCGACGCCGGCAAAGUAGAGGUCGACCUCAAGGCCCGGAUACCCAUGAUGGCCUGGGUCGAGUACAGCAGCACCGAGAAGGCGGUCCGGGUUUGGCUCAGCUACUCCCGCUUCCGGCCCCCCGAACCCCUCCUCGUCGCCGGCGUCGACCUCUCCGGCCUCUUCCGCGAGUUCAUGUAUGUCGGCUUCUCCGCCUCCAACGGCCAUGGCGCCGCGCUCCACGCCGUCACCCGGUGGAGCUUCCGAACCUUCGGGUUCGCCGCCGCCGCCGCCUCGGCGUCUCCACCCGGAAACGGCACGGACGGUGGUGGGUGCGCCAACUGUUCGACCGAAGGUCAGAAAGGCGGCGACACGGACGACGACUUCGUCAAGCCUGGUAGUGACCCCGUGGUGAGUCUAGCUACGAGGACAAGAAGAUAUAUUCGGGUGGUUCUCAUCGUGGGCGUAGUAAUAGUCUUCGUCUGCUUGUUGUUGUUGAUCGCUGCUAUCGUCACGUGUCUUCGGGGAAAUGAGGAAGAGGGCAGUGAAGGGAGCGCGCUGGAGACCGCUGUGGGAUGCGAAUUCCAGAGGAUGCCCCCAAGGAUUUCGCUGGAUGAGAUAAGAUCGGCAACCAAAGAAUUCCACUGCAGCAAGAUCCUGGGCCAGGGCGGCUCGGCGAUGGUGUAUGAGGGUGUUCUGCCUUCUGGCUGCAAGGUCGCCGUCAAGAGAUUCGGCCAGGUGGACCGGUUCACCCGCACAUUCGCCACGGAGCUGGCGGCCCUCAUCGGCUCAUGCCGGCACCGGAAUCUGAUCCCUCUCAAGGGGUGGUGCUGCGAGAAGGACGAGCUGGUCUUGGUGUAUGAGUACAUGCCCAAUGGCAGCCUGGACAAGAUCCUCCACGCCGCUGCUCCUUCUGAAUCCAUGGUGGCGGGGCCGCCGCCCGCACUCUCCUGGGACCAGCGCUGGAAGAUUGUCCUGGGCGUCGCAUCCGCGAUCGUCUUCCUGCACGAGGAGUGUGAGAAGAAGAUCAUCCACCGGGACGUCAAGGCCUGCAAUGUACUCCUCGACGCCGAAUUCAAUGCGAAGCUCGGGGAUUUCGGGCUCGCCGAGCUGAAUGAUCAUAACCGGACUCCACCGGUGACCAAGCCGGCAGGUACCAUGGGCUAUCUGGCGCCAGAGUAUGUCCAUUCCGGUGUGGCCACCGAGAAGUCGGAUGUGUACAGUUUUGGAGUUCUGGCGCUGGAAGUGGCGACAGGGCGAAAGCCAAUGGAGAAGGGUGUUGUGCUCGUCGACUGGGUCUGGUCGCUGUGGGGGCGGCGGAGGCUGGUGGAUGCGGCGGAUCCGCGGCUUGAGGGCAGGUUCAGCAGGGAGGAAAUGGGGAGGAUGCUGGUUGUUGGGCUGUGCUGCGCCCAUCCCGAGUCCAAGCGGCGGCCCACAAUGAGGAAGGCUAUGAGGAUGCUCAAGGGGGUGGCGGCUCUGACUGCGUUGCCGGCCAGAAAACCUGCUGUUAGGCUGCUAUCGCAGUUGCCUCGGACUUCGCGGGAUUCCGGCUCGCAGGCUUCUGGAGAUGCGACCACAUCGUGGUUCUCCCCUUGCAUCAGUCUCAACCAGUUGGAAGAGCAGAAUGAUGGGCAGAAAUGAGUCUGCUGCGACUCGGACUCCAUUCUUCUGAACCCCUGAGAUUUGUAAGCAUCGAUGAUGAACGGAUCUGUGUGAAACAAGCCUGCAAGAUAAAGAGUCGUUGACGGCAUGAUCAGAUCUUUCCUCAAGGAGCUUUGCAUUUGAAACUUCAUGAAUUAUACCAUUUGUUGUCAUGUUGAUGCCCGUGAUCAGACGUUCUGGUUGUUUCUAUCAACGUGAAUGGAAAAUUCGGGCGUUGACGGUAGUAAUGCCUUACAAGUUCUGAUGAUUGUUAUCUGACAUGUUGGUUGUUUCUAUCAAUAUUAGAGGAAAUUUCAUAGU